GAUCGCGGAGCGAAAGUCCGCAACAGGUCGCGUGUUGACAGGCAGGUGAUAUUCCACGAGAAUAUACAGAAAUAUGGCAGAGUCGCCCGUUUUACUAGGCAGAGAUGAAGUCGAACGUUUACUUACUUUCGAGGAUCUGAUUCCCAAACUAGAGUCCGCGAUGGGAAAGUUUUCCAAACGGGACAGUUCAGAAAUCAUUCAGCCUGUGAGAUCUGUAGUGCCCAUACAGAAGCACAAUGGGUUUUUGGGUCUGAUGCCUGCUUAUAUGGCCGCUGAGGGUAUUUUAUGCACUAAAAUGGUGGCUUUCUACAAACGUGAAGAGGGCUGCAGUUUUCCAUCAACUCAAGCCACCGUGUUACUGUUUGAUCCCGAACAAGGUCACGUGACUGCGAUAAUGAAUGGGGAGGCCAUCACAGCCACACGAACAGCAGCAGUGUCGGCUAUAUCGGCUAAACUAUUAAAACCAGCUACGUCAGAGGUGUUGUGCAUCCUCGGUUCAGGACAGCAAGCCAGAAGCCAUUAUGAUGUUUUUACAAAGGUCUUCAAGUUCAAAGAGGUCCGUGUGUGGAGCAGACGAAGAGAAACGGCUCAGAGGUUUGUAGAUGACCUCCAAGAUCCUGUUAGAGUUUGUUCUUCUGUAAAAGAGGCGGUGACGGGAGCUGACGUUAUAGUCACAGCCACAGGUGCGAGUGAGCCGAUACUCUUGGGUGAAUGGGUCAAAUCAGGUGCACACAUAGCAGCGGUUGGCGCCUGUCGUCCAGACUGGAGGGAAUUAGACGAUGUGUUGAUGAGAGAUGCUGUGGUGUAUGUGGACAGCAGAGAGGGAGCUAAUGCAGAGUCAGGAGACAUCGUCAUGUCUGGGGCUCAGGUUUUCGCAGAGCUUGGAGAGGUUAUAAAUGGAUCCCGUCCUGCCCAGCGUGAGAAGACCACAGUUUUCAAGUCACUGGGUAUGGGAAUACAGGAUGCUGUCUCGGCCAAACUCGUGUUCGACAAGUGGAAAAGUCAACAGUGAAGAACCAAAAUGUGCAUCUUCUCUUCCACAACUCCAAAAAGUUUUUACCCUUUGAGCCAAUCAAUGAUUGACAGCUUAAUAAAAUGUGCUCAGCUGUCACAUAUUCUGUUAAUGCUUAAGAAUUACAAAUCAAUGAAUAUAUCUCACAUCACUUUGUAUUAUGCUUUAUGUGAUUUGUGGUAUAUUUUCUACUGUGUCCUAACUGUGGGUUUUCAAACUGGGGUCCAAAGAAAACUUCAAGAGGAAAAAACAAAUCAAAAAUUGUAAAAGUCUUGUACAAGUUUAAGUUUCGUCUUUAUAACAUCACAGUUACUAUUUAUCAAACACAGUUAAAAUGUUUCUUGACACAAAAUAUGGAUAUAUCACUCUCAAAAAAGGUUUAUCGAACGUGGGGGUCCCUGCCAUCAUAAAUGUCUUAAGCAGCCAUGACAACAUCAAAUGAUGAACUACAAACAGUACUGUAACCCACCCACAAUAAAAACUCACUGAUCCCAAAUUCAGCUUCACAUUUAUAUUAAACACAUCCUGAUUGGCUGUGAUUGUGUUGCAUCACAGCAC